AUGUGCCCGACCGGGCCCGGCCCGGCCCUGCCCUGCCGCCGGCGGCCGCUGGGGGCUCCCGCCGCCGCGGCGCGGCCCGCCAUUGUCGGGGGCAUGGAGGGCGAGAGCACGUCGGCCCUGCUCUCGGGCUUCGUCUUCGGCGCCCUCGCCUUCCAGCACCUCAGCACCGACUCGGACACGGAAGGUUUUCUCCUUGGAGAUGUGAAAGGCGAAGCCAAGAACAGCAUUACUGACUCACAAAUGGAUGAUGUUGAAGUUGUUUAUACAAUCGAUAUACAAAAGCAUAUUCCAUGCUACCAGUUGUUCAGCUUUUAUAAUUCUGCAGGAGAACUGAAUGAACUUGCCCUGAAGAAAAUACUAUCGGGCUGUAAGAAGAAUGUAAUAGGAUGGUACAAAUUCAGACGUAACACGGACCAGACUAUGACAUUCCGGGAAAGACUUCUUCAUAAGAAUUUACAGUCACAUCUAUCAAAUCAGGGCCUUGUAUUCCUUUUAUUAACCUCUAGCGUGAUGACAGAAAGCUGUUCUACUUACAGACUGGAACAUGCCUUACAUCGUCCACAAGAAGGUCUUUUCCAGAAAGUUCCUUUGGUGGUUACCAACUUGGGUAUGGCAGAACAGCAAGGUUACAGAACAGUGUCUGGUUCCUGUAUAUCUUCUGGCUUUGUGAGAGCAGUAAGACAACACAGGUCAGAAUUCUUUUACGAAGAUGGAUCCUUACAAGAGGUUCAUAAGAUAAAUAAGAUGUAUGCCACCUUGCAGGAGGAACUGAAGAAAAUAUGCUCUACAGUCGAAGCCAGUGAACGAUCUGUAGAGAAACUUUUAGCAGAAGUGAGCCAAUUAAAAGAAGAAGUAAAGAGGAAAAAGCAGCAAAGUUGUUUAGGAGAAAACAGAAACUACCCAGAAGAACCAAAGGAGAACGUUCUCCUUUGUCAGGCACUGCAAACAUUUUUCCCCAAUUCUGGACUUCAGGCAUGCAUUGUUUCCUUUAAAGGCCAACAGAUAUCCAAGAACUGCUGUAACAUUGACCAUAAUAUUAACGUCAUGGACAAACUGACUCUCAUGGUAGAGGAAAGAGACUUCACUGAAGCUGAAACAAGACACCUAACCAAGCGGAAAGUCAGAGGGACCACAACAGGAUCAAAGUCAUUCAAGAAAUCCAGAUCGCUGCAACUUCACCAAAAAUUACUUCGAGACCAAGAGGACAGUGACCAGGAAAGGAAGAUUAUGCUGAGUAGCACUGAAACAGAUGAGGACGUGUUGGAAAAAAUUACAGACACAAAUGAAUACCCACAAUCUCCUACUUUCUGAUCUGUCAAUGAUUUAUCCAGGUGACUUUGCACCUAAAGCUACUGACAGGAUAUUCAAGGGACAUAUCAAUUUAUAGUACUGCAGGGAUUAAAAAACCAGUGCAUUUUUGCAGGACAUACAGAGAUGACAUUCCCUUGUUUUGCCUUCCAGAGUUAAAUCUGUAUUCACUCUCAGGGUUUAAAGACAAUGCUAUAUAACCCUGUCGCAUACUGCCUUGGAGUAAGACAACUUCAAGCUGCUGUUGAAGCAGUACUACCCUUCCCUCAGCAGACGAUGCAGGGAGAGUCAAAUGAAUACAGGUAUCACGCUUAACAGAACAAGCUGUCUACAUAACUUGUCACAAUUUAAAUGCUUUCAUUUAUCCUUAGCUAUCUACUACUUGUUUAUUUUCUCCCCCUUCCAAUCCAUCAAGGGAAAAACCGCCACCUGAACUUUAUCAAGACCUGUGAGUGGAGGAAGUGGUCCACACAGGUGCCAAUUUCUGCUGUUGCUUUUGUAUUUCGUACUUCCUUCGGACAAUUUUAGAGACUUGACACUUCAUAAAAAAGCAUCUGACAUCCACCCUUCAGUCAGUGAUGCAUUAUGCUAGCCAACCACAUUUCCAGUAAAC